GGGGUCUCCAAGGAGUGUCGUCCCGCUCUGCAUAUUACAUCAACCAAGUUGAUCCAGGAGCCAUCAGCAACCCGACCAUGGGGCACAAAUCACCGUUGGGUUAGAGUGAGCGAUAAGGACUUGGCAAGGUCUUGGCAAAUUAUUGGGCGCAGCGAUCACCAACCUCAGGCAGUGCCGGCCCGCCUAUCAGGGCCCGCCAAUGAGCCAUGUCGCCACAGUCCAUCCAGAUAAGGGAGCAUGCCUCAGGAUGCAAGGCAUGACAUGAUGUGAUAUUCUGGUCGUCAAUCAAGCAGCCGCCUCAUUGCCAGGCUCACUCAUCCCUCUGGAUCGUAUUUGGGACAUCCUCAAAUUAAACCUUCUUACCUCUCUUUACUCUGAUUAGGGUUUCACCUGGUUUCAUCUCCCUAUUUCCCCGAUCGAGCUAUCAACCUUAUCAGCAAGCUCAUCCGCCACAAAACCUGCUUUCCGAAGAUCUUUGCCUGCCGCCUUCCUGGUCGGGCAAGAUUUCGUCAACCCGACCAGCUGGGAAUCAAUUUGCCUGUCCAACACUCAUCUUCGCAAUAUCGCGUCCACACCAACCCCCUGAUCAAUUUUGACUUCCCCCCACUUCGAUGGCCUUUUUUACGGCACCACGAUCUCUGCAAAAUGCCGCCUCUCUGGUUCCCCGUGACGCGCUCUUAAAGCAGGCCCAGAUGGGCGUCAACCUGGUCCAGGAUGCCCAGGCUCCACAUUCCAGCUGUUCUGGAGGUUGUUUGCGUGAGCUUGCCGGGGUAUAUCGUUGCGAAGCAGGGGAUGUUUGAUGCUGAGGCGCAGAAGUUUGUUGCCAAUCUUAAUGUCUUCUUGUUCACUCCGUGUCUUAUCUUCACCAAGCUUGGGUCUCAGCUCACCGCAGAGAAGUUGACCGAUCUCGCCAUCAUUCCAUUCAUCUUCGUGGUCCAGACGUGUGUCUCGUACUUUUGCGCCUGGGCGGUGUCACGAUGCUUGCGCUUCAAGAAACGACCGGCAAAUUUCGUGGCGGCUAUGGCUGUUUUCGGCAACUCCAAUUCGCUCCCCAUCUCCCUGGUCAUGUCGCUCUCCCAGACCCUGAAAGGCCUACACUGGGACCGCGUCCCGAAUGACAACGACGACGAAGUGGCGGCACGGGGUAUUCUCUACUUGCUCAUCUUCCAACAGCUGGGCCAGCUCGUCCGCUGGAGUUGGGGAUACCACGUCCUGCUUGCUCCGCGGGAGCGAUAUGUGGAGGAUGGCGACAGGGAGCAGGCGGAAUCUGUCGAAGACGCGCAAGAGCCAUACCGGGAUAAUCCAGAUGAGAGUGAGCAUACUGAGGAGCCUCUGAUCCGUACGCGAAUUUCCGAGGAUGCAUUGAGUGGCCCGCCAGUCAGUCCCGGGGAACCAGGUCCUGAGUUCCGUUCCGGGGAGCAAACGCCCGUCAGCGCGCACACUUACUCCAAGUAUUCCCAGCAAAACGGGACCGACACGGAACCCAGCAGCCCGACGCAUCUCGCCCCUCCACGGGGCCCUUUCCUACCCCGUCUGAGCUCGCGCGGGGAUAUUCUGUGCUUUCCUAGCGUGGAGAUUCCCCCCCGGGAGCAACGGAAGAGAGGAUCGGUAGGCAGAGCCAGGGCUUCCAUCUCUCGAAUGGGUCAUCGCGUCGCAAGCAACGGAGGGAAGCGCAUGGACGCGAUCUUCGAAAAGCUUCCCCCGGUCAUGCAGAAAUCUUUGUCGGCCUGCUCCAGUGGCGCACGGAGGUUCUUCCGGGGUUUGUGGGACUUUAUGAAUCCCCCCCUGUGGGCCAUGUUAGUCGCGAUCGUGACAGCGUCGGUACCCUCGCUCCAACACCUAUUCUUCGACGAGGGCACCUUCAUCCACAACUCAGUGACUCGCGCCAUUGGCCAAAACGCACAGGUAGCCGUGCCGUUGAUCCUGGUAGUCCUCGGCGCCAACCUAGCACGCAACACACUACCAGAAGAGGCACUCCUCGAAAUGGAGCACCCAAAGGAAGAGAACAAACUAAUCCUCGCCUCCCUGGUAGCUCGCAUGCUCCUCCCAACCCUCUUCAUGGCGCCUUUCCUCGCCCUGCUAGCGAAAUACGUCCCCGUCAGCAUCCUAGACGACCCGAUCUUCAUCAUCGUCUGUUUCCUACUCACGGGGGCGCCGUCCGCGCUGCAGCUGGCGCAGAUCUGCCAGAUCAAUAAUGUCUAUGUGUCCGCCAUGUCGAAGCUUCUGUUCCAGAGCUAUGUGGUUUGGAUCCUUCCCUCAACGCUUGUACUUGUAAUGUGUGCUAUGGAGGUUGUGGAGUGGGCGUCUAAUUCGGCUUAGCUGGUGGUCGUGGCGUUAUCGGCUUGGCUUGGCUUUUUCUUUCUCUCGGUAUUGUUAUCAUUAUGUUCUACAACUGUUACGACGAAAUGAACUUGGUCAUCGAUAUUAGCCUAGUAGUAUAGGUACCUACCUUUAAUAAAACUCUAUUAAUAAA